AUGGCUCUGCAGACUCUAAGAUGGCACAUUGAACUACAACCGUGGGCAAGUCCAACUCCUUCCCUCAACUAUGAGGCCUUGAGGUUCCUGAAGUACAUUAGCACUUCUCAGAUUUCGUGUGAACACACGAACCUGAGCAGCCUGAGAGGGUACUCUGGAACCACAAAGCAGCCCUGGCCAGUGUGUCUUGAUGAGAGGUUUAGCCUGAUCCAUCGAAUCCGGAGCCAGCAGUGCCGCCUCUAUUCCCUGGGGCUGGGCAGUGAUGACAACCAGUUUGAGACCAGCAUGGCCAGCAGUGGGUGUGAGGUGCACUGCUUCGACCCCAGCAUCAAGGUGGCCCAUGUUCACCAGGGCCCCCACCUCUGGUACCAUCGCCUCUCCAUCGACUGGAGGGACCCCAACCCUGCCAUCCCUGCUCACAAACUUCGCAGCAACACCAAGAAACUGGGCACAAUACUGAAGGAAUUUGGACAUCAGAAGAUUGAUGUCCUCAAGGCAGAUGUGGAGAGCGCAGAGUGGAAGAUUUUGGAAAACCUGAUCCUGGAAGAUGUUGUUGAGCAGAUAGGACAGCUGGUCUUCCAGGUGCACAUCCACUGGCCUGGGUUUGAGGUCAGUGGCAACGACAGCACCGUGGUGCGGUACUGGUACAGCCUGCUCCGGGAGCUGGAGCUGAAGGACUUCAGGCUUUUCCAUACCUACAAAGACUUAUCAAAACCACAGGUGUUUCUGAAAAAGGAAGCCUUCAAUGCCAGUAGCUGUUACACACUGAGCUGGGUAAACACAAGAUGGAAACAGCAGGAAGGAACUGAUGCUGUGUGACUGGGACUGCGGGCUG